AUGGGCUCGGAUGUCUUUGAGCUGAGAGGAAACAGGGCGCUCUAUGAUGUGCUUGGGGUGCCUAGGACCGCAUCAGACGUCGAGAUUCGGCGUGCAUAUUACAAGCUGGCUGUAGUGUACCACCCGGACAAGAAUCCGGACGGUGUAGAGGUUUUCAAGGAGAUAAGUUUCGCCAACAGCAUCUUGUCUGACCCGGCGCGGCGCCGUUUGUAUGACUCGGAGAGGCUGCGGACUCACAUUGAGGGUCAGGCGCGGGCUUAUGACCCGAUGAUGGAUCCUAAUGUUGAACUUACCGCGGAGGAGCUUCGACAGUUUGUGGAGCGGAAACGUCUGGAGGAGGAGGGGAAGAAGAAGGAGAGGAGUGAAUUUGAGAAACAGCGCGAGGAAGAAAUGCGACGCCGCGCCGAAUACGAUGCAAAAAACCCUGCUUUUAAACAAGAAUACGAAAGAAUGCGUGCCCUUGUGAAGGAAGGUGUUGCCCAAAGAGUUUCCACUGUCAGCGUGCCACGGCAUUCCACCACUGCCGAACUGAUGCAGCGCUUGGAGAAUAAACUCCGUGAAGAAGGGGAACGCCGCCAGGAAAAUAGCUGCGGAGCCCAGGAAAGCAAAGGCGGCGUAAGAUGUACCGCGUCGACUUCGGUCAAGCGCAGCAUGAUGCAGGAUUUUCGCCUGCGUCAUAACGGCGAGACACCAGCGCCCGGCACCAUCUCUAUGAAUGCGAAUCGCCAAGCAACGAGCAGUCGACUAAAAUUUGUAUCAGAUUUGGCUAAUAAUUCGUACAGCUGCGACCUGGAAGAGCGUCUCUGUAAGUUUGCUAAUUUUGACUACCGAAGUUACGUUGAAAAUGGCAUUGUUGACGGUGGCAGUGUUCUUGAGGAUGCAAUACUUGCGGAUGCGUUGGGGAACUAUGAUCGCAGAAGAUAA